AUGGACAUCAGUGGAUUCGAGGAAAGAGCAAACAGAGCCGAGCAACUAUGUGCCGAGUUGGCAACAAAGGUUGAGGCAUUGGAACACAAGCUUUUGAACUCUAGAUCAACAACAACUUCAUCAACAACAUCAACAUCAAAUGAUACAGUACCACUUAGCGAAUACCAAAAGUUAUUGAAGGAGGUCAAAGAGCUAAAAGCAGAUAACGCCAGACAUCAAUAUCGUGCAAACCAUCUUGUGCGUUGUCUAAAUGAAGAGGAAGCCAAGACCAAACAACAUGCUUCCAAAUAG